GGCUCAUAACGAAGGGGCAUUAGAUCCCUAUACUGGAGAAUAAUAACAACUGGAGGACGCCCCGCACUGCGCUGGGACGAUUGUUUGGCCCCACACCCAGGGAAGGGAUGUUUGCCCAGGUGUUCACGAUGUAUAACGAUGGCGACCCGCACGCUAUUGAUUCUUCCAGUGUUCGCAAUCGCAACCUUGUCGGUAACAUAGAGAGAGAGAUAUAUAUAUAUAAUUGCAUGUCCAGGAAGGCCAGUUCGUAGAGCAGACAGAUCAAAUUGCCCCUGUGUUGAUGUCGUCUUGUGUGUCUGGGUCUCCAUCUACUCCAGCUCGUUCAAGAGAUGUCCGACGUCCGCAACAUCGUUAUCCUCGGCGCCUCGAUUGCAGGCCUCAGUGCAGCCCAUUACUUCCUGAGGCAUAUCCAUCCCCAGCUGCCGCAGGUCGAAGGCGUCCUCUACCGGGUUGUCCUGGUAGAUCCAAGCUCGAAAUUCUACUGGCGUCCAGGCACGCCGCGCGCGACUGCAAGCGACCGAUUGGGGCCUGACGCGUCUAUUUUCCUGGACUAUCAGCAAGCCUUCCGGGCCUAUGGCGAAAAGAUCACGCUCGUCCAUGGCGCCGCCACCUUCUGGGAUUCUGAGAAGUGCGUGAUAGAUGUGAAGAAGUCCGAUGGGAGUAAGACCGUCCUGUCGUACCAUUCGUUGAUUCUGGCGACCGGCUCGCGGUCACCUUCACCACUUCACUCGCUGCAAGGAUCGGACUAUAUGGAGGUCCAAGCUGCACUACAUACGGUUCGUAAGGAAUUGCCGACCGCUAAGCGGAUCAUCGUCGCUGGCGGUGGGCCCACGGGGGUCGAAACUGCCGGCGAGAUCGCAGAGGUUUUGAAUGGACGCGCAGGAUGGUUCUCGUCGCGACCGUCAAAUGGCAAGAUCGAAGUCGUCCUCCUGACCAGUGCUGAGAGACUGCUUCCGCUCCUUCGGCCUGAGAUCGCAUCUCGAGCAGAGACAUAUCUCAAUCGGGUAGGAGUUGACGUUCGCUACCAGACCAGAAUAAAAGAGUCGGAGAAACUAGAUACCGGAAAGACUCGAGUAGUCUUGCACGAAGGUGAAGUGGUCAUCGCUGACAUAUACAUUCCAGCAAUGGGAAUGAUGCCCAACACGGCCUACGCUCCCAAAAACCUCCUCGAUUCCGAUGGCUGUAUCAAGAUGAACAAGCGCACGCUCCGGGUUGACGACGCUGGGCCAUUGGUCUACGCCCUGGGCGAUGUUGGAUCCUACUCUAAGAAAGGGAUCGUCGAUGUACUCAUGGGUUUGCCGGUCCUGGGUACGAACAUGAAGAGAGACUUGAUUGCAGCACACGGAAAUCCGGUGCAGAAGCCAGCGGGGCCCGAUCGGAUCCUUGCGCCCUUCGAUCCCGAAACACAGCUGCUUCCUGUCGGGCAGUCAUAUGGUGUCGGCGCCGUUUUCGGUUGGCGGCUACCCGAUCUUUUGAUCUGGCUGCUGAAAGGCGGCCAUAUGAAAGCACAUGGAGGUCAGGAAUGGGUGGAUGGGGCCAGGUGGAAAAGUCCGGAGUGGAUAGUUAGCAGUCUGACGAAGACGUGGGAGACUGUCGCAUAGCCUAAUGUCUUCGGUGCUGAGGCGAGAGUCUAUUGUGCCCGUAGGGCCCUUGGGAAACAGUACCUAGGUAGGGUCAUAAUAUCUAUGGGCUCGCCUACGAAACACAGGCGAGGUAGCAG